GUUUCAUAUUCCAUAUGAUGUCUAAAAGUGUGGCAAUUAUUGGGGCCGGUAUUGCAGGCCUGACUGCAGCACAAAAACUAUACGAAAACGGAUUCAACGAAAUCACUAUUUUUGAAGCAUUGGAUAGAAUAGGAGGACGUAUUCAUACAAUAAAUUUCGGGAAUGGUAUACUAGAGUUAGGCGCCCAAUGGCUUCACGGACAACAUGGAAACCCUCUCUACUAUAUGGCCAAAGAACGUGACCUUAUCUCAAAUCCCAGACAUGAUUUUGGUAUCGAAGGCACCGGAAUAUUCUGUACGGAUUCGGGAGAACUGCUCAACAAUGAAGAAAUUAAUGAAAUUAUUUCUUAUUUACACCGAAUUAAAGACGAUAUGAGUGAUCAGUCUUUAAAUCCUAAUGAAUUAGUUUCUGCACAACAAAUAUUCAGAAUUAAUUUCGAGAAAUACAUCGAUUCUGGAGAUUGUCCGCCGAUUAAUAAGCAAUUGUUGUGGUCUUUAUUCAAUUGGUACAUCAAAUUCGAAGUAAUAGACAAUUCUUGCAAUGAUUUGAAUGAUAUAUCAUUGCUAUCGUAUACACAAUACAAUGAAUGCCAUGGAAUUGAUUUAAUAAACUUCAAGGAUGGCUAUCAAACCAUACUGGACUCAAUGGUCAAUGAAAUUCCUCGGGAUAUGAUUCGCCUGAAAACUGCAGUCAAACGGAUAGAAGUUUGCAACAAAACCUUUAGAGUGAAGCUAUCUGUAGAAGAAGGGAAUAGAAGGACAAUAGAAAUGUUUGAUCACUUGAUAAUCACGUCAUCGAUUGGGUUUAUGAGGAAAAAUUUGGACACAUUUUUCGGUUUUGUUUUACCACAAAAUAAGAUCAAUAUUAUAAGGACUCUUGGAUUCGGAACUAUUGAUAAAAUAUAUUUAUAUUUCGAAAACCCUUUCUGGAAGAGUGACGACAAAGGGUUUCAACUGAUUUGGACACAACAUAACCAUAACCUCCCGGUUUGGGUCUACGAUAUAACAGGAUUUGAUUUGGUUAGAGAACAGUCACACGUAUUGGUCGCUUGGAUAGGAGGCAAUGGCGCACAACUCAUGGAACAAACAGAAAGUGAUGAGAUUGUGGGCAACAUUUGUGCCGAUGUCUUGAGACUAUUCUUGCGAGGCAUCCAAAUAGAGAAUCCAUCGAAAGUGAUUCGCUCGAAGUGGUCGUCCAAUGAAUACAUUUGCGGCGCUUAUAGUAACCGAUCGUUAGAUUACCAGAAACUCAACUGCGAUAUCGACCAGUUGUCUGAACCUAUUUGCAAGACAAAACAUUGCAAUUAUGUCAACCAAUGUGUCGACUGUCCACUAAUUUUGUUUGGAGGAGAGGCCAGUGACAGAGACUUCUAUUCGACAACUCACGGGGCCAUGAGAUCCGGUCAGAGGGAGGCUCAAAGACUCAUCGACUACUACCAGACAUUAAAUUUAAAAUCCAAAUUAUAGGUCAAAUAAAAAAUUAUUAACUUAUAUUUUAGGUGACAAAUAAAUUUUAUAAUCAAUUCUUUUUCAUUUUUAAUGCAAAUCUUACAAAUCAUAAAAUUAACGCC